AUGGAGUAUAUCGAGGAGCAGCGUUCCGAGGGGACGGAUCCCAGCGCCUCUCCCUUCGAGAGUGUCGACACCAACACAACACCAGAUACCGAGUACUCCCUUCCCGGAAGUCCGAUCUCGAAGCCUUCCCCCCCCAAUGAUUGCCGGUCAGUAGCGAGGCAGAAGUUAGCUCAGUUGACUCUGGAGGAGAAGGUGUCAUUGCUUACCGCCGCAGACUUCUGGCGGACAAAGUCGAUACCGUCUAAAGGCGUCCCGGCCAUCAAGACUAGCGAUGGCCCGAAUGGCGCUCGCGGCGGUAUCUUCGUCGGAGGUACCAAGGCGGCCCAAUUCCCUUGUGGUGUUUCGCUGGCGGCGACAUGGAAUAAGAGGCUUCUGUACGCAGUCGGCCAACACUUAGCCGACGAGACCAAGGCCAGAUCAGCCAAUGUGCUCCUCGCGCCUACGGUCUGUAUGCAUCGACAUCCUCUCGGUGGCCGAAAUUUCGAAUCAUUCUCGGAAGACCCGCUUCUCACCGGCAAGCUAGCCUCGAAAUAUAUCCAGGGGCUCCAGUCGAAAAGGGUUGCUGCCACCAUCAAACAUUUCGUCGCCAACGAGCAGGAGACUCACCGGCUCACUAUCGAUUCUCUGCUGAUGGAGCGGCCGCUUAGAGAGCUCUAUCUUCGGCCCUUCGAGAUCGCUAUACGAGAAGCGAACCCUUGGGCCGUUAUGUCGUCGUAUAACCUGAUCAACGGGACACACGCCGACAUGAAUAGCCACACACUUAAAGAUAUUCUCCGAGGAGAAUGGGGUUACGACGGCACUGUCAUGUCGGACUGGGGCGGCGUUAAUUCUACAGUAGAGUCUAUAAAGGCCGGAUGCGAUAUAGAGUUCCCUUUCUCAUCCAAGUGGCGUUUCGAGAAAGCCCUAAAAGCCGUCGAAGAAGGCAGACUCACGAUGGGCGACAUAAAUGCUGCGGUAGAGAAUGUCCUAACCCUUGUCGAACGUACGAAAUCGGGCGAUAUGUCGAUCGAAGAAGCCGAACGCGAGGACAACCGAGAAGAGACGAGGGCGCUUAUUCGCGAAGUGGGAGCCGAGGGCAUCACUCUGCUGAAGAAUCGUGGGCAAGUCCUGCCGCUCGACCCGAACACCACCAGAGUCGCGGUCAUCGGCCCAAAUUCCAACCGAGCGAUCGCUGGCGGUGGCGGCAGCGCGAGUCUCAAUCCAUACUAUAACACCAUCCCGCUCGAUAGCAUCAGGGCGGUCGCGCAGCGGGAAGUGGUGUAUGCCCAAGGCUGUCAUAUUCACAAAUGGCUCCCGGUCGCAUCCCCCUUCUGCACCGAUAAAUCGGGCGAGCCCGGCGUCACUCUCGAAUGGUAUAGCGGCGAUAGGUUCCAAGGCGACGUAGCCGUCACCCAGACACGGACAAAUACCGAUCUUUUCUUAUGGGACUCGGCGCCGCUCGCUCAGCUAGGCCCCGAAUGGUCGGCCGUGGCUACCACGUAUCUGAGGUCGAGGGCCACCGGAAAGCACACGAUCAGCUUCAUGAGCGUCGGACCAGGCCGGCUAUAUAUCGACGGCGAAUUGGCUCUCGACCUCUGGGAUUGGACAGAGGAAGGGGAGGCGAUGUUUGACGGUUCGAUCGACUACAUGGUGGAAGUAGAAAUGCAAGCCGGAAAGCCGAUAGAGCUCCGAGUAGAGAUGACAAAUGAGCUUCGACCGAUCUCGAAGCAAAAGGCGUUCAACAUGACGCAUAAAUACGGUGGCUGCCGUAUCGGCUUCAAGGAAGAGGACCAGGUCGACUAUCUCCAACAAGCUGUCGAUGCGGCAAGGGCCGCCGACGUUGCCAUCGUCAUCGUCGGUCUUGACGCCGAGUGGGAGUCAGAAGGCUACGACAGGAAAACCAUGGAUCUCCCUUCCGAUGGGAGCCAAGAUCGCCUAAUAGAAGCCGUUGUGGAGGCCAAUCCACGGACGGUUGUGGUUAACCAGUCCGGUUCGCCAGUGAGCAUGCCCUGGGUAGACAAAGUACCAACGAUUCUCCAGGCUUGGUACCAGGGUCAAGAAGCCGGCAAUGCACUGGCUGACGUCUUGUUCGGCCGGCAGAACCCCAGCGGCAAACUUCCGACAACCUUCCCCCGUCGGCUCGAGGACACCCCCGCAUAUCACAACUGGCCUGGUGAAAACCUGCGCGUGCUAUACGGCGAAGGCCUGUAUAUCGGAUACAGGCAUUACGACAGGUCGAAAAUCGCGCCUCUGUUCCCAUUUGGCCACGGCCUGUCGUACACGACAUUCGAAUACGGCCGGCCGUCGCUCAGCCGGAAGGUCCUGACGGAAUCGGCACCGAUCCACCUGGUGAUGGCGGUCACCAACACAGGCGCCGUCGCCGGCUCGGAGACGGUCCAGAUAUACAUCCGAGACGAUAAGUCGAGGCUGCCUCGGCCGGAGAAGGAGCUGGUGGCGUUCGAAAAAGUCUUCUUGGAGCCGGACGAGACUAAGCAUAUCACGGUCUCGCUAGACAAGUACGCGGUCGGGUACUACGACGACUCGGUACCGGCGUGGAUCGCGGAGGAGGGUACAUUUAAGGUCCUGGUAGCUGCGUCGGCGACAGACAUCAGGCGCUCGAUUGCAUUCGAGGUCAGGGAGUCCUUCACUUGGACGUUUUAG